AGUGGCAGGGAACGCUGAUCACUGAGGCGAGGAGCUGAUGGCCCGGGGUGCUGUUCCCUCCCUCCGCGGGUCUGACACUGACCGUUAUCGGUCAUCAGAUCGUUUACAGGCGAUUGCCAAGAUGCAGCAGGCGGCUUAUUUCAUGGUCUGUAACAGUGAGAUUGCCGCGGAAUCGGACAGAAUGACCAAUAACAAGGAAAGGAAGAUGAUUAUUUUCUGGGACAGAGUGAAACUCUUUCUGUGGAGUGCUGAGGUCACGGUCGUUCCUGUUCGUGUUCAGUUGUCUGAAAGGCGGUUAAUCGCUUUAGGCUCUUAGUCAGAGAGAGGUUAAAGAGGAGCUCACUGGACAAUGUUUCUGUAACCUAAAUCGCAAUAUUCACAAGCAGCCCCACUGCCCAUCAACACAAAAUCUCAGCCAGCUCCAGGAUCAGCAGUAAAGGGAACAGUGUGACCCCAAAGGAAGCAACAAGUGGGGAAUAAAUCAUCAGCAAGAGAUCCUUUCAUGGUGGAGCUCUGCGUUUCGAUUCUCCAACACCAGCCGAUGGUUAUUUAAAAGGGACCCCCAGCACCCGCACCCCGUCCUUUGCAGGGACAGCUAUGUACCUGAGCCCGAGGAGGAAGCUUUGCUGUCACCGGGUUCUCUUUCUGGUUUCCGGAUUGAUCAUUUGCUCCGUCCACCAGCUGCUCAGCGGCGACUUGGGGCUUUCAGCACCGCGGACAGCGCCACCAUCCCCGGGCCAACUGGUCACCCGGAGCCGUAAACUCCUGCAAACUACCGACAGAGGCAGCGCCAAGGCCCUGACCCCCUCUCCCGGGACCCCGUCUCCCGAGACCCCGCCUCCCGGGACCCCUGCUCCCCGGACCCCCUCUCCCGGGACCCCCUCUCCCGGGACCCCGUCUCCCGGGACCCCUGCUCCCCGGACCCCCUCUACCGGGACCCCGUCUCCCGGGCCCCCUGCUCUCCGGACCCCCUCUCCCGGGACCCCCUCUCCCGGGACCCCCUCUCCCGGGACCCCUGCUCCCCGGACCCCCAACCCCUGGACCUCCAAGCCCGGGACCCGCACUCGCUCUGCCGGGCUAACCCCUAGCAGCAGCAGCAGGCCGGGAGGCCGAGACUCAGCAGCGGCCAGCGGGGGCCCCCGAUUAAAAGGGUGUAUUCGAGUGGGGGAUGAGAUCAUUCCGGCCCCGACUGCAACUCCCCCGGGCACGGACAGCAGCCCCGCGGCCGGAGCGAGCCCCGGGGCCGGGGACUGGGAGGUGCCUCUCGGCCACAGUAAGGGCGAGUACCCGGCGGACCUGUUCAGUGUGGAACAGCGCAGGCAGGGCUGGGUGGUCCUGCACGCCACCGGCAUGGUUUACAUGUUCAUUGCGCUGGCGCUGGUCUGCGAUGAAUUCUUUGUCCCGUCUUUAGGGGAAAUUAUCGAGAAACUGCAAAUCUCGGACGAUGUGGCCGGGGCCACUUUCAUGGCAGCGGGAGGCUCUGCUCCCGAGCUCUUCACCUCCCUGAUUGGGGUCUUCGUUUCGCACAGUAACGUGGGCAUCGGUACCAUCGUGGGCUCGGCCGUCUUCAACAUCCUCUUCGUUAUCGGGAUGUGCGCAAUCUUCUCCCGCGAAAUUCUGCACCUGACCUGGUGGCCCCUGUUCCGGGACGUGUCCUUCUACAUUUUGGAUCUGAUCAUGUUAAUCAUCUUCUUCCUGGACAAUCUGAUCGAGUGGUGGGAAAGCCUCCUCUUGCUGUCUGCAUACAUCAGCUACGUCUGCUUCAUGAAAUUCAACACGAAAAUGGAGCGCUGGUUUAAGGGCAACAUCGUUAACAACAAUAACGUGGUUAAAGUGAUGUCGCUGAUGAACUCGGGCAAGGGCAAGGGGAGCCUAUCAGAGAAGCAGUCACUCCCAAACAGCCCAGCAGAGCCCAACACCACCCAACAGCACCCAGCACCAACCCAACCUGAAGCAGGUACAGGUAGAGAUAGACACAUCAUGGCAAAGGCUGACACUGAGUUGACCAGCAUGCUGAGUAUUGAUUCUGAAGGCCAAGAAGAAGAAAAGGAAGAAAACAACAGGCUUAAGCCCAAAGCGAUUCUAACUCGAGGAAGCAGCACGCCAUCACUACACAACAGCAUGCUGCGGAACACUCUCUUUCAGCUCAUGAUCAAUACUCUGGACCCCUUGGCUGAAGUGAAGUUUAAGCAGAAGGCUGAAAUAAUGAACAGUUUGGCAAAGGGCGAGGGAAGUUUAAAAGAUCAACAAGGAAGUAAUCUGAAAGGUGGAGAGACAGAUGAAAAACAGAAAGAGGAAAUACAACAGGAGAAAAAAGAAGAGAAGGAAGAGGAGAAAAGAGAAGAAAGAGAGGAAACAGAUCUUCCCAACGUGGUGAAUGUUGAAGUGACUCCCCCAACUGAUCCUUCAAGUCCAUCAUCACCAACAGAAGGUGCCGAGGAUGAAGAAAAUCUCAUUAAAGACCAGGAAACAAAUGAUCAGUGUGAAGAUGCAGGAAAUAAUGAUGGUGAUGAGAAUGAUGGCAGUGACAGUGAUUCUGAAGACAGUGAUGAGGAGGAUGACAGUGAUGAAGAUAGUGAUGAGGAGGAUAAUGAAGAAAAGGAAGAAGAGGAAACCCAUGAAGAAGAACCUCUGAGUCUUGAGUGGCCAGACACGCGACGGAAACAGAUCACUUACCUGUGCCUACUUCCUAUCGUGUUCCCGCUCUGGCUAACAGUGCCUGAUGUACGAAAUGCAGCUUCAAAGAAAUACUUUAUUGGGACCUUUUUUGGGUCUAUUCUGUGGAUUGGUGCUUUUUCAUAUUUGAUGGUGUGGUGGGCCCACCAGGUUGGUGAGACAAUUGGUAUUUCUGAAGAGAUAAUGGGUUUAACCAUCCUUGCUGCGGGUACCUCAAUCCCUGACCUCAUCACUAGUGUCAUUGUCGCUCGCAAAGGUCUGGGGGACAUGGCAGUGUCCAGCUCAGUGGGAAGCAACAUCUUUGACAUCACAGUUGGGCUUCCUGUGCCCUGGCUGCUGUAUGCUACCUUUCACAGAUUCAGUGCGGUUCCAGUCAGCAGUAAUGGCCUGUUCUGUGCCAUUGUUCUACUCUUCCUGAUGCUGCUGUUUGUAAUCAUUUCCAUUGGCUUCUCAAAGUGGAAGAUGAACAAAUUCUUGGGCUCCACCAUGUUUUGCCUCUACUUUACGUUUUUAAUCAUCAGCGUAAUGUUGGAGGACAGGAUCAUAGUAUGUCCGGUUUCCAUAUGAGCUCUUUCUAAUCUUGACCUAUCAGAGGGCACUAUUGAGGACUGUGACUGUAAAUGACAGUAUAACAACCAGAAUGUAGGCUGAUGGGAACAUUCUAAAGCAUCAGCCCAUCGUAACCAACAAUGUCAUUGUAUUGAAUUUUAGUCAUAAGCUCCAACCAGAAUUGGUGUUUGCAGAAAGUAUGAAAAUGACAGGUGGCAAAUGGGUUCAGACAUGUUGGAAAAUGGCACCAUGCAUUAAAUAAACCCCAUGAUCAUGAAAGAUAUUACAAAGGUGGUGGGCGCAGUUUUCAAACUUGGUUAUAAUUAAUGUUUAAAAAAAAACACCAGCCCAAAGUAUGUUCCACUGCUUGAUGUUUAUGUGCCAAUAGGCAAGAGGCAUAAAAUCAGAAAAAACCGUUAUGGUCAUCUCACAUAGAUUUUCAAGCUGAUCACACAAACUCUGCUCCACUAAAUUAAAACCAUUUAAGAAAAUAUAAAAACAGUUGUUAAAGAUGUUGAAUACAAUUCGCUGCUAAAACUCUUCCAUCAAUUGAACUCGACUGGAAAAUAGGUCACAAAAAGUAGUAUUUCCCCAUUGACAUCAAGUUCUAACAAUUAUUGGCAUUUAAUGCAUUACUCAUUAAGAUGACAACACUGUUUCAGAAAAUGGAAACUCAAGGCCAACAAGUCUGAGGAUUAAAAUAAAACUACAGGAACUGGAAAGUGUGCUACCUAGCAGUCUUACCUUGGACGGUUGCAAAGACAGGGAAACAGACCAGAUCUGGGUUCUGUACUCCAAUCUCAGCAACUCUGCUCCAACCCAUUUAUUCAACAUCCUCUACUUAUUCCUCAAUAGAUCGAUUUGCAUUGUAAAAAACAUUGCCACUAUUUAGUAUUGACAUUACUGCAUGAAAGCAAAUUGAGAUGUAAAGAGAAAACUAAACUGCUUAAUGCACUAAUGUAAAUAACCAAGAAUCCAAGUUCACUUGAUGGAAAUGUUUAUAUUUAAGGUAUUUGACACUGGCAAUCUGACUCAGUUUACAGAGAGGAAUAGUGGAUGUAGAAAUUGAAAAGUCAAACUGGUACUGAAUGGGUGCUCUGAUGAGGAUAGUUGAGAGGGAUUUUCAGCUAAAUAUAUACAAUGCUAUUUAUAUUUAAUUAUAUAAAGUCUGCUUGGAAAGAAUUAGUUUCUGACAUUGGAUGCCAAAAGUGAGAUAAACACAUUCUCCAGUACUGAAUCCUUCCCCUUGAUACAUGGUACCAAAGUUCACCUCCCUCCUGUCCAAAUCACAAACAUAUUGUACAAUUUUCCUUCUCUCCCAAAAAAAAUCCUUAAAUACCAUCUUUGAUUCUAUUUCAAAGAAAUUGUGCUCUAAUUGAACAUUCCUUUUGAAAAAUCGUUUCUGAUGUAUUAUACACAAGUGUAAUAUUUGUUCAUAAAAUCAUUGUUCAUUGUUAGUCUCACUUCGUGUUGUAUGAGCUAAACAUUACCAGCAAUCUCUUACAUCACUGAAUGCCUCUCGUCUCAGAAACUGCUGAGGGUUAUUUUAGACUUUAGAUUGCUCUCCAAUUUCUACGUCACAGUGUAAAUAGUCUAACUGGAACACAAGAAGAGGUGACCAUUCAGCCCGUUAGCCUGUCCCAGAUCUUGGCUAACUUUCAUGGCUGUUGACCAAACUUUGCUCCCUAUCCGUGAACACGCUUGCCUAAGAAAAAUUAUCACAAUGAGUCUUAAAAAUGUUCAAAUGAACCCUGGCACCUACACCCUUUUGGUGAGUUUUGGAUUUUCACAAAAAUUAGUCUUAAAAAGUGUUUCCUGAUUUCACUUCAGCAUAGCCCAGCUUGAACAUCCUUCUUCUAGACUCACUUGUAGCAGUUUAUUCUGUAUUCAUCCUAUUGAAUUCUUUCAUGUAAUAUGAUCGAGACAGAGACUUAACCAAUAAAACUCUUCUUCUGUGUCAGCCCUCCACUUUGUGCAAUGCGGACGAUCAUCCUACCAGAUUCCACCAGACAGAAACUUAAAUACACUACCAAUUGAGGAAAGAGCAUUAUCUGGUAGCUCUCUGCUCUUGGUGGCAUAAAGACAGCAAGAAGUUCUCUUACAUUCUCUUGAGGGCCAUCAUACAAUUAUUCUAACAUACAGCACAUUUAUAAAAACCAAAAAGAACUGCAGAUGCUGUAAAUCAGGAACAAAAGCAGAAGUUGCUGGAAAAGCUCAGCAACUCUGGCAGCUGCUGUGAAGCAAAAUCAGAGCUAACGUUUGGGUCCGGUGAGGUUUCCUCAGAACUGAUAGCAGCUGUGAAAAUGUUGGGUUACAUACAGAAGAUAGAGCAGAUAAAGAGUAAACGAUAGUUGGGGAUAGAGCCCAAAGAGAGGGAAGACCAGUUGAACAAAGGAGUUGGUAAUGAUCUGGCUGCGAGGGUGAAU